GCUAUGGGGCAGAAGAGAGAAAAUCUAUGGGGCCAAAGACAUCUAUGGGGCAGGAGAGGGAAAUCUAUGGGGCAGGAGAAAGGAAUCUAUGGGGCAGGAGGGGGAAAUCUAUGGGGCAGGUGAUCAAAAUCUAUGGGGCAGGAGAGGGAAAUCUAUGGGGCAGGAGAGAUCUAUGGUACAUAUGGCAUCUAUGGGGCAGAAGAGGGGAAUCUAUGGGGCCAAUGACAUCUAUGGGGCAGAAGAGGGGAAUCUAUGGGGCAGAAGAGGGAAUCUAUGGGGCAGGAGAUCAAAAUCUAUGGGGCAGGAGGCAUCUAUGGGGCAGGAGAGGGAAAUCUAUGGGGCCAAUGGCAUCUAUGGGGCUGGAGAUCAAAAUCUAUGGGGCAGGAGAGGGCAAUCUAUGGGGCAGGAGGCCUCUAUGGGGCAGGAGAGGGCAAAUCUAUGGGGCAGGAGGCCUCUAUGGGGCCAAAGACAUCUAUGGGGCAGGAGAGGGGAAAUCUAUGGGGCCAAAGACAUCUAUGGGGUGGGAGAGGGAAAUCUAUGGGGCAGGAGGCCUCUAUGGGGCAGGAGAGAGGAAUCUAUGGGGCAGAAGAGGGAAAUCUAUGGGGCAGGAGAGAUCUAUGGGGCCAAUGGCAUCUAUGGGGCUGGAGAGAGGAAUCUAUGGGGCAGAAGGGAAUCUAUGGGGCAGAAGAGGGCAAUCUAUGGGGCAGGAGAGGGAAAUCUAUGGGGCCAAUGACAUCUAUGGGGCUGGAGAUCAAAAUCUAUGGGGCAGGAGGCCUCUAUUGGGCCAAUGGCAUCUAUGGGGCAGGAGAGAGGAAUCUAUGGGGCAGGAGAGAUCUAUGGUACAGAUGGCAUCUAUGGGGCAGGAGAGGGGAAUCUAUGGGGCAGGAGGGGGAAAUCUAUGGGGCCAAAGACAUCUAUGGGGCAGGAGAGGGGAAUCUAUGGGGCAGAAGAGAUCUAUGGGGCAGGAGAGGGAAAUCUAUGGGGCAGGAGGCCUCUGUGGGGCCAAAGGCAUCUAUGGGGCAGGAGAUCAAAAUCUAAUGGGGCAGGAGAGAGGAAUCUAUGGGGCAGGAGAGGGCAAUCUAUGGGGCAGGAGGCCUCUAUGGGGCAGGAGGGGGGAAUCUAUGGGGCAGGAGGCCUCUAUGGGGCCAAAGACAUCUAUGGGGCAGGAGAGGGAAAUCUAUGGGGCCAAUGGCAUCUAUGGGGCUGGAGAUCAAAAUCUAUGGGGCAGGAGAGGGCAAUCUAUGGGGCAGGCGGCCUCUAUGGGGCCAAUGCGACCCAUUCCCCCCCCCAGGCUCCCCCCGCCUGUUCCCGCUGUCCGCCUGCUGCUCCGGCCCUUCCCUCCCCCGGCCCUGGGCUGCCUGGUUUCCCCUUCCGUCCCUUCCUCCAUCACCUGGGAUGGGACCGGAAGUUCCGCCAUCUUGGGGGUCGCCUCGGGGUCCUCCGUGAAACUCAGCUUCGUCCGACUGACGGCCGGGGAGAAAAGGAGGAGCUUCGUUUGUAGCUUCAAGGAGCCGCGGAGCGGAGCGGCCGGCAGGAAGGAAGUGAAGG